AUGGAUGAUCAAUUGGAAAUGUAUAAAGAAUGUAUUGCCAAGCAGCUGGAAGAGGUGGAUAUGUUAUCCUCGAUUUAUUGUAGUCCUGGAGAAAUGCACAUUUUCGAUCCGGGUGUUAUAAGUGAUUUCAAUGAAUUCUUGGAAAAUCCCACCACUGAAAAUGUAAUGUUGUGCCUUAAAGCCCACCUCGAUUAUAGUAUUAAGUUGCAAUGUGGAAGACCUAAUGAAAAGCUGGAAGUACGCAUAGAAUUGCCGCACAUGUAUCCACUGCUGGAAAAUGCAAUUGUCAUUGUUCACACACCACUGCUAACGAAAAACAAAGAGAUCUAUUUGAAAAAGGAAUUGGAAAUUUAUAUUGAAUCAAUGGAUAAAAGUGAAACAUAUAUUUAUCAGGUUUUAUCAUGGCUGCAGGAUCACAUUGAUGAUUUAAUACAACGAAAGGCAAGUGAUUUUGAGGUGAUGACCACCACGACCAAUCAAGAAGAUGAACUAUUGGAUUUUGAACGUCUGUGGAUCUAUUCACAUCACAUAAAAUCGAAAACAAAACGUCAAGAAAUUGUUAAGGAGGCACGCAACUUGGAAUUGACGGGCUUCAGUCGGCCCGGUAAACCUGGCAUCAUUUGUGUUGAGGGUACCAAAGAAAAUACUCAGGAAUUUUGGCGUACCAUAAGGGCAUAUGGUUGGCAAAAGAUAUCGCUGUGUAAAAUUGAAUCUGCCCGUAAAGCGAAAGAUAAGAUGGAUAAAUUACGACGUUUUGAGGGUUUCAAGGAACAAUUGUUUUGUGAUGAUAUUGAAAAUAGUGAUGGUGUUAUGAAUAUGGCAUUGUUUUUGAAAUAUUUGGAGAAUCACAAUUCUGGGUAUAUGAAAAAGGAGUUAUUUGGGUUAGAAUAG